AAACUAUUUCAAACCUCGCUUCGGCCGCCGAGCGCAGCAAGCCGCGGCCUCCUCUCCUCUCCCCCCGAUUUCAAAUCCGGAAAAUCUCCAAGCGCACCGCGGCGUCGCGUGGUCCCUUCUUCCCCCCCACCCCCAGUCCACCCGCUUCCGAUUUUCCGGAGGCGGCGAAUCCCAAGCGGGAGGGGGCAAAGGAACGCGAGGCGGAGCCCUCGGGCGAGAUCUCGGUAUGCCGCUGGCGGAGGGGGAGUUCGCGCUGCCCGACGAGGUCCUGGCCGUGCUGCCGCGGGACCCCUACGAGCAGCUGGAUCUGGCGCGGCGCGUCACGGCGCUGGCCGUCGCCGGCCGGGUGUCCGGCCUGGAGCGGGAGGCGGCCCGCCUCAGGGAGUCCGCCGCGGAGAAGGACCGCGAGAACGGGGAGCUGCGGGAGCGGGUCGCGCUGCUCGACCGCGCCCUGCAGGAGACCAACGCCAGGCUCCGCGCCGCGCUCGAGGACAACAUUAAGCUGAACAAGGAGCGGGACUCCUUGGCGCAGACGUCCAAGAAGCUCGCGCGAGACCUCCAAAAGCUGGAGUCAUUCAAGAGGCAUCUGAUGCAGUCACUUCGUGAUGAUAGUCCAUCACCACAAGAAACGGUUGACAUUACAACAUGUGAUCAGUCAGUGUCAUCGAAAGCAUCAUCCUGUGCAGAUGGAGAUUCUGUCGCCCACACUACAACAAACCAACUUAGUGGGUCUAUGGAUGUUGGAAGCACAGUCCAAGAAGUUCUUGUAGGUACAGUGACAAAACCUCCAAUUCAAAAAUAUUCCCUCUCAUCACACAUCACCCCACGCCUUACCCCAGAAGCCACACCAAAAAUUAUGUCAACUUCUGCUUCUCCGAGAAGAAUGUCGACAACAGCAACACCAAAAUUGAUGUCUGGAGCUACUUCACCAUCAAAAACUCGAAUUGAAGGAUACAUGUCCAUGACACCAUGGUACCCCUCGAGCAAGCAAUCAUCGGCAGCUAACUCACCUCCAAGGGGACGUUCCAACCCAGGUCGCACUCCUCGCAUUGAUGGAAAAGAAUUUUUCCGUCAGGCCAGGAGCCGUCUGUCAUAUGAACAAUUUGGUGCAUUCUUAGCCAACAUCAAGGAACUCAAUGCCCAUAAGCAAUCAAGAGAGGAUACUCUCAAGAAGGCCGAAGAGAUCUUUGGUCCAGACAACAAAGAUCUUUACCUCUCUUUCCAAGGGUUGCUGAACCGUAGCUUGCCAUAGGUCAUAUGCUUUACGAUGGUACUUCUGGUACUGUGAAGUUAUUCAAUUGGAUAACUCAUGGCAUCUAGAGGUCUGGCGUGCAAUGUGCAGCUGCAAUUUUUGGGUCCUAUACCCUACAUUAGAUCAUGAAAUGAUCGGAUCUCUCCGACAUCAGGGUUGUUUCAUAUGUAGUUGGAAAUGGGUAGUAGCAUUUCGUUGCCCAAAAUUAGUUAUUCAUGGGAGCCAACCUUGUAAAA